AUGGCCGAGGGGGCCCCCGCUCAGGUAAAGGGCGCCCGCCCGGCGCGGGGCCGGGCCCGGCGCGCACCGCCCGUCCGCGGCUCGCGGGCCGCACGUCGGGGCUCACGGGCCGCGCCGUCGGGGCCGCGGCGGGCGGGGGGGGCGGCGGGCGGCGGGCGCUGUCAGCGCGCGGGGCCGCGGCCGCCCCCCCGGGGCGACGGGCGGGGACGGGACGGGCGGCCCCGGGGGGGCGGCGGCGCCGCGCCGAGCCCGCCCGGGCCUCCGCGGCCGGCGGCGCCCGCGCUGCCGUCGAGGCCGGGCCUGCCCGGCCGCCGCGCCGCCCCCCCCCCCCCGCCCGCCGCCGGGCCCUGCGGCCCCCCGGGACCGACCCGCCGCCGCCCCCGCCUCCCGUGUCACCGCCCGGUCCCCAUGGCGACGGGGCGCCCGCAGCCCCUCGGGUGUCCCCUCGCCGUGCCCAUGGCGCCGGAGCCGGUGCGGCCGCCGCACUGCCCCUCGCCCCUCCGGCCAGCGGCCGGCCCCGAGCGCACCUCGGAGCGGGAGACGCAGACGGCUGAGCUGUCCCUGACCGUGGUGGCGGCCGUGCAGGCGGUGGAGCGCAAGGUGGAUUCCCACUCCACCCGCCUGCUGGACCUGGAGGGUCGGACCGGGAUGGCGGAGAAGAAGCUGAUCGACUGCGAGAAGACGGCGGCGGAGCUGGGGAACCAGCUGGAGAGCAAGUGCGCGGCUCUGGGCACCCUUAUCCAGGAGUAUGGGCUGCUCCAGCGGCGCCUGGAGAACAUGGAGAACCUCCUGAAGAACAGGAACUUCUGGAUCCUGCGGCUGCCCCCGGGCAGGAAGGGGGAAGUCCCCAAGGUGCCGGUGACCUUUGAUGAUGUGUCCGUCUAUUUCAAUGACAAGGAAUGGGAGAAGCUGGAGGAGUGGCAGAAGGAGCUCUACAAGAAUGUGAUGAAGGGGAACUACGAAUCUCUGAUCUCCCUGGACUAUGCAAUUUCCAAACCUGGUGUUUUGUCUCAGAUCGAGCAAGGGGAGGAAUCGCGGGGCAGGAAUGAGCAGGACCUGGAGGAGAGUGAGAUCAUUACUGAUGCCACGGCAGCUGGAAUAAGGGUGGUGAUCAAAACAGAGGAGCUCCUUCCUGAAGACAGCCCUGAGAACCCCGAGCUGCACGGGAUGUCGGGGCAGUCCGAGGGCAGCUUCCAGAGCCCCGACGAGGAGGCGGCCUGCGAGAGCCCCUACGGCUCCGUGUCCCCCCCGAGGGACCUCCCGGGCACCAGUCUGGGGGACUCCUCCGAGUACGGAGCCGACUUCAGCGAGAUCCAGAGGGUCAUCGUUCACCACGGGGGCUGCACAGAGGACGGGAUCGUGAUCAAGACGGAGGAAGAGGAGGAGGAGGAUGACCCCGACACGCUGGAGCAGUGCGCCAUGUUCUCGGGCCGGAGCGAGGCGCCGGCGUUCCCCAGCCACGAGGCCGGGCUGGGCUGCGAGGCGCAGUGCAGCUCCAAGGCGCAGCCCCGCAGCCUGGCCCGCGUCAGGAAGCCGUCGGCCUGCGAGAGGGACUCCGGGGACAUGAAGCCGGCCAGCGGGCAGCAGCGGAACCGGACGCGGGAGAGACCCUACAUCUGCCCCGAGUGCGGCAAGAGCUUCAUGCUCAAGAUCAACUUCAUGAUCCACCAGCGCAACCACCUCAAGGAAGGGCCCUACGAGUGCCACGAGUGCGACCUCAGCUUCCGCAACAAGCAGCAGUUCCUGCUGCACCAGCGCAGCCACACGCGCCGCGGCGUGGGGGUCCCGCGGCGCCCCGAGCACGGCCUCAAGCCCCCGGCGCGGCCCCCGCCCCCGGGGAAGCCCUACAAGUGCUCCGAGUGCGAGAGCAGCUUCAGCCACAAGUCGAGCCUCAGCAAACACCAGAUCACCCACGUCGGGGAGCGGCCCUUCACCUGCGGCGAGUGCCGGAGGAGCUUCCGCCUGCAGAUCAGCCUGCUCAUGCACCAGAGGAUCCACGCGGGCAAGAACGAGAUGGCCUUCCUGUGCCCCCAGUGCGGCAAGAACUUCACCCGGCCCUCCCACCUGCUGCGGCACCAGCGGACUCACACCGGCGAGCGGCCCUACCAGUGCAGCCAGUGCGAGAAGACCUUCAGCGAGAAGUCCAAGCUCACCAACCAUUACCGCAUCCACACGCGGGAGCGCCCGCACGCCUGCGCCGUCUGCGGGAAGGGCUUCAUCCGCAAGCACCACCUCCUGGAGCACCAGCGCAUCCACACGGGCGAGCGGCCCUACCACUGCACCGAGUGCGGCAAGAACUUCACGCAGAAGCAUCACCUCCUGGAGCACCAGCGGGCGCACACCGGCGAGCGGCCCUACCCCUGCACCGAGUGCACCAAGUGCUUCCGCUACAAGCAGUCGCUCAAGUACCACCUGAGGACGCACAUGGGAGAGUGAGGGGCUGCCGAGGCUUCCUCUCCCUCCCUCCCUCCCUCCCUCCCUCCGUUCCUCCCUUCCUCCUCGUCCUCCUUCUCCUCCACUGAUCUCUCCCACCCUCCCUCCAUCCAUCUCCCCCCACCCCGGCUCAGGGCAUGGACAUCAAGGAAGCUUUGUGUGGUAGCGCCGCUGGUCUGGUGGAGACUCGGCUGAUUGGAAAUAAAUUAAUGAAUUAAAGCAAGCAACGCGCGGCAAAAUUAAAAGAUGAUAUAUAUAAAAAAUUAACAGAAGCAGCUGAUUUAGGGGGAAUCCUCACCAACAAGCAAACAAACCACCAACAAAAGAAACCUGUACACAGGGUGUUUUGCCAGAGUAGGACUCGUAACUGCUUUUUAAAUCUACUGUUUGGUUUUUUUAAUAAAUGUGGAGGAACUUUU